AUCUAAAAUUUAUUCAUGUGACGCCAACUUGUGGACCUCCAGGGGUCCACGAAUCUCUAAUUGAUGAACAGCAGUUAUCAAAGUUAUAAUGAAUCGAUAACAUCGAACAUGAAUAUAUUUAAAACUUAUAUUUUAAGUGUAUCUCAAGGUCAUGAAUAGUGGCACAGGAUUGUCAGCCCCCAAGCCCUUCAUUUCUAAAUGUAUUCCCCAGUUUUUUUUAAGGGCUGGUUUUUGCGUUCGUCUGUGUGUAUUUAUGAUGUUAUUUAAUGAAGUUCUUUAGACAUUUCGAAAAAAUACGGUAUUCCGAGCGGUGCAAGGAUCUACCGGAAGUACACUGCAUCACGGUAAUUCACGUCGUUUUGAAACGAACUUGCAUUAGGUCACUGAGUUGAAGCCAAUGUAGUACAAGAUGCAUUUACCUUCCAGCUCUUUUGUACGGAUUUCCUCUACACGCAAAGGUAAGGAAGGUCAGUCAGCGAGAAGAGAGAAAACAAGGAGGAAGAAGAAUUGCCUGCUGUUAUUCGUUUGUCUCGGUCGGGAGGAUGACGGUUGUUCUGCGAGUAGCAGUUUGCAGCGCCAGCGUCAUCGGACGGAAUUAAUUGCUGUCACUAGUAUCAUGGUGUGUAAAAAUAUGCAAGCGAGAAGAAACAUGUAUUAACACGAAUGAAUGACUUGAUUUGGUGCUUAAAUAAUACGUAAUGCUUAUUGGUGUCUAAACAUGGUUCCUAAUCAGAACGAAUGUUGGUUAUUGUUGCGUUCUUGAUAACUGUAAGCCUUAACACUUCUAAUAGAAUGUACUGCGAAGUGUUUAGUGGGUGUUUAGGCAAAUUUUUUACUGCCCGAAUGCACGUUAAUUUAGUAACUGCGUGCUAUAAAACUGGCUUGUUUAUGUGUUACUGGCAGGAAGGUUAAGCAGUGUGUAUGACGUAAUAAUUGUAACCUCCAGAAUUAAGUGAAUUGUGUAUAGCAUUCGCGUAGUUUCAGGAAAGUGAACGAUGGUUUUCUGACGUGUGUAACACUGCUAUUCGAAAUCGUAUACGUGAUGAGAUGUAGCAGAUAAAACGAGUGUAUUUUCUUUUCAGACGAAACUUCCGUAAUUAAGUGAAUGGAGAUACAUUCCUACAUAAUAACUUCCCAGUUACGUUCAUUGUGCUGCAUUGUGUUAGUCACAUUUGCGGAGGAGUCUGUUACGGUGUUGUACCAGAGCCGGAUGCUUACAGCUUCAGUGGCGUCUGUCGCCAUGAGAUGUGUGCAGGUUUCCGAAGACCUGUGGACGUCCAGAACGCUCUCUACGUUCCAGACUUUCCCACGGGACAUGAUUCAUCCCUCUUUAUCUUUCAUGAAUGAUGGAUCUGCAUACGCCACUGAAGAUCCGCGCCAUCUAGCAGAUGACACAGGAACUACGGCUAUAUCUGGAGGCUGGGUCCAGUGUCAGGAGUUGAACCUAGGCCUCUGCAUGAUGAGCAACGACAGGAGGUUUGGCUUCUCCGUGGUAGGUGGAGUUGGUGAAGGCGUGCCUCCGCGUGUGGACGACAUUCAGCCAGUUCGACGACGACGACGACGUCUUUACCGAAACUGCAGCAGCUGACUCGAAGCUUCUGAUGGCGGGCAUCUCCCCCAGUAGCGAUGAACGUUCAGUGACACUGUCUUGAGGGCACACGCCCCGCGCAUCUGAAGCAAUAAGAUCAUCUGUACUUAGGACUCCUUGGAAACAUGGCGACUGACGAGGACGACAAACCUCCGCGGCACAGGGACCAAAAGUCCUCUGGUUGCCACGUGAGGAAAUGCCUUCCAAGAAACUGUAAACUGUGUGGAUUACGCUUCUGAACC